UCUGGGGCGCGAACCUGGCACACGGAAGCGACUAUCAGGACCCCCGGAGCAGGGGUGGGGUCGCAGCCUUUCUGGUGGAAAUAUACUCUCCCUUCCCACUCCUUCCUUCAGAGGGAGCAGAACCCCACACAACGCCCCUCCCAACCCAGUUUCAGUACCCAGGGACCUUCCUGGAGAGGUCUGGGCCCCCAGAGACGUUGAGGAUAAAGAAAGGGGUGCCCAGUUGGAGGAGCCUCGCGCUUACGCCGGCUGUGUUGCUCCGCUUCCAGGUGUAGCGCCCCCGCGCGGCACCGGCGGCUGAGUAUCUCCAGCAUGACCCGCCAGAGCCUGUGGGACGUGUCGGAGACCAACGUCGAGGAUGGAGAGAUCCGCAUCAACGUGGGCGGCUUCAAGAGGAGGCUGCGCUCACACACGCUCCUGCGCUUCCCUGAGACACGCCUGGGCCGCCUGCUGCUCUGCCACUCGCGCGAGGCCAUUCUGGAGCUCUGCGAUGACUACGAUGACGUCCAGCGUGAGUUCUACUUCGACCGCAACCCCGAGCUCUUCCCCUACGUACUGCAUUUCUACCAUACCGGCAAGCUUCACGUCAUGGCCGAGCUGUGCGUUUUCUCCUUCAGCCAGGAGAUCGAGUACUGGGGCAUCAACGAGUUCUUCAUCGACUCCUGCUGCAGUUACAGCUACCAUGGCCGCAAAGUGGAGCCCGAGCAGGAGAAAUGGGACGAGCAGAGUGAUCAGGAGAGCACCACGUCCUCCUUCGAUGAGAUCCUGGCCUUCUACAACGACGCCUCCAAGUUUGACGGGCAGCCCUUGGGCAACUUCCGCAGGCAGCUGUGGCUGGCGCUGGACAACCCCGGCUACUCAGUCCUGAGCAGGGUUUUCAGUGUCCUGUCUAUCCUGGUGGUGCUGGGGUCCAUCAUCACCAUGUGCCUCAAUAGCCUGCCGGACUUCCAGAUCCCUGACAGCCAGGGCCACCUUGGUGAGGACCCCAGGUUUGAAAUAGUGGAGCACUUUGGCAUUGCAUGGUUCACCUUUGAGCUCGUGGCCAGGUUUGCUGUGGCCCCUGACUUCCUCAAGUUCUUUAAGAAUGCUCUAAACCUUAUCGACCUCAUGUCCAUUGUUCCCUUUUACGUCACACUGGUGGUGAACUUGGUGGUGGAGAGUACACCUACCUUGGCCAACUUGGGUAGAGUGGCCCAGGUCCUGAGGCUGAUGCGGAUUUUCCGCAUCCUGAAGCUGGCCAGACACUCCACUGGCCUCCGCUCCCUGGGGGCCACCUUGAAAUACAGCUACAAAGAAGUUGGACUGCUCUUGCUCUACCUCUCAGUGGGGAUUUCCAUCUUCUCAGUGGUGGCCUACACCAUUGAAAAAGAGGAAAAUGAGGGCCUGGCUACCAUCCCUGCCUGCUGGUGGUGGGCCACCGUUAGUAUGACCACUGUGGGAUACGGGGACGUGGUCCCAGGGACCACAGCAGGGAAGCUGACUGCCUCUGCCUGCAUCUUGGCAGGUAUCCUAGUGGUCGUGCUGCCCAUCACCUUGAUCUUCAACAAGUUCUCCCACUUUUACAGGCGCCAAAAGCAACUUGAGAGUGCCAUGCGCAGCUGUGACUUUGGGGAUGGAAUGAAGGAGGUCCCUUCAAUCAAUUUAAGAGACUACUAUGCCCAUAAAGUUAAAUCCCUCAUGGCAAGCCUGACAAACAUGAGUAGGAGCUCACCAAGUGAACUCAGUUUGAACGAUUCCCUCCAUUAGCUGGGAGGAGUUGAUAUCUUCAGACCCACAUUGCUGAGUUGCCUUUUGUGC